CAUAUAGUAGGGUGAAUGUCACCCAAAUUACUUGAAUUCAAACCAAGCUCCCCACCUAUAACUACCCAUUUAAUUCCGCAGUCCACUCCAUCACAAAAAGACUCCAAAAUCAGAGUUCCCUCUUGGCUUUUGCAGAUCAUGCUUCUCUCGUGCCCUCUAUCUUCUCCUCUCUUUCCCUUUCUCUAGAGAACAUUGAUCUUCCUAUAGAAGAAUACUGCACGGCAAGUUCAGCCAUGGCAGCUUGCAGAAGUCUGCAGCACAUCUUCGAAAACCCAUUGCCAGAAAACCCAACUCUACUUGAAUCCCUCUCAUUUAGCCAAAUUAAACCUAAAAAACCCAUAGAGCAAAGCUCAUUCACUGAGAUAUUUGGUGAGCUCCAUUUCAAAGAGAGUCCAGACUUAUCCUUUCCUCCACCAGCAUGUUAUUCUUCAUCAUCACUAGAAUCGGUUCCCCAGAAAGAUACUGUGAGAGCUCCAGAAUCAAAAAGCCACUCCAAAAGUCUCCGAGGCAGUGAAAGUCUGCAACUUUGCACUGAGGGACUUGGCUUCGAAAGCUCAGAUAAUGUUGAAGAAUUGAAGAAUGGAAUGAAUGAAACUUGGGAGGUGCUGAAAGUGAAAGAGGAUAUUCCUUUAGGAAAUUCGAGCAAUGGCCAGCACUAUGGGAGGAAGUCAAGGGGAAGUGUGGGAGAGACACAAUACCCUCCUCCUAUUUCUUGUAUAGGGAAGAACGGGAAGCCAUGGGUUUGCUUCAGGUCUUACAGAGACAAUGGGAGAUUUGUGCUGAAAGAAAUAAGAAUACCUACCAAGGAAUUUCUUCAUGCUCAUAGGGAAAAUGGAAGGCUGACGCUCAACUUUGUUCAGCCUGAUGAUGAUGUUCUUCUGCAAGAAGAUGCUGAAGAAGAGGAGGAGGAGGAGGAAGCAGAAAACGAAGAAGAUGAUGAAGAAGCAGAAGAAGAUAGUGGAAAUGGAGAAAGUGGUACUAAUGAAACAGAUCAAGUGAAUGUAGAAAAUGGUGUUAGUGUUUAAACAUAUAUAUGCAUUCCUCUGAUAUGUAUCAGUUUUUUUAAUAAGAAAAAGGGAUGAUUUGUAUGCAUGAGUUAGGUACAAUGCCUAGCUCAUUUUGUAUCGAUUCAUAGGAGGAAACUCUUGGAUACUUGUGUACGUGAUCUCUUCAUCGAUAUAGUAUAUCCCAUCAUUUGCCCUUUUUU